AUGCAGCUCACCGAGGAUCAAGCGACGGAAGUGAAGAAAUGGGUAGUCAGGAAACUGGAAGAUAUAUCGGAUGCCGACUCUGAUGUACUUGCCGAUUAUGUCCUGGCGCUUAUCCGAACAGAUGCCCCGGACGAGGAGAUCCGGAAGGCUUCGGUGGAUAAUCUGGAAGACUUCCUGAGAGAACACACUGUUCAGUUUGUCGACGAACUCUUCACAACGUUUGCGCCCAAGCCGCAGCCCGUCCAAACCGCCGCAAUGUCCCAUGAUGGUGCUGCAGGAUCAGCUUCGGAACAGCAACAGACCUUUGGAGCUCCCUCCGGUCCAGCAAAUGGUCCAUACGGCAUCCCACAGUCGCAAGCUGAUGGCUCCAACUUCAAUCGCAAGCGUAACUACCACGAAGGAUUCCAGGCGGAUCAGGAGCGCGACGACGGACCCCACCAUCGCACAUACAAGACCCCUCGCCGGGGACGCGGCGGUGGUCGUGGAGAUUGGAUGGGUAGGGAUGGCGGCCGUGCAGGACCGGCUGGUCCGGGACAAUUCCAUCCUGGUGCAGCGGGAUUCCCGGUCAUGCCUCCUGCGUUCCCCGGCUUUGACCAGAAUGAUCCGAUGGCGGCGAUGAUGGCUCUACAGAGCAUGGGUUUCCCUCAGAUGCCGGGUAUGCCUCCGAUGCCGAUGCCACCCCCGGGUGCCGGUGCCGGCCAGCAACCGGACAAGAUGGGACCCAAGAGUUCGGAGCGGUGUCCGUUCUAUGAGACCCAGGGUAUCUGCUACCUUGGCGCUACAUGUCCGUAUCAGCACGAUGCCAUGCCAGGGUCCUCCAAGGAAGAUGAAUACGAUCCCAAAUCCUCCAAUCUCAUUACCGACUUCCAAAGGCGCACGGAUACACCUAUGCGAGGCAGCGACAGAGGUCGUGGCCGCGGCCGUGGUGGGGACCGAGGUGGUUUUGGAGGCAGGGGACGCCGCUCUGAAUUCUCUUCUGCUGGGCCUAACGAGGAUACGACGAUCACAACCAUUGUCGUUGAGCAGAUCCCUGAUGAUAAGAUGGAUGAAGCCUCGAUCCGAGAGUUCUUUUCACAAUAUGGCGAGAUCACUGAGGUCUCCCUCCAACCACACCGGCGACUGGCCUUGAUUACCUACGAUAGCCACGCAGCUGCUAAGCGGGCGUGGUCUAGUCCCAAGGUGAUCUUUGAUAACCGAUUCGUCAAAGUCUACUGGCAUAAGCCCAAGGGUGAUCGGAAUGGUGACCAUCGGUCUCCCGCUGGCGACGCCAUGAACGAGGGCCCGGCCUUCAACCGGGAAGAGUUUGAGAGACAGCAAGAGGAAGCCCAGCGGGCGCAUGAGGAGAAGUUAAAGAAGCGCAAGGAGACUGAGGAAGCAAAACAAGCCCUCGAGCGACAGCGCGAUGAGCUUCUGAAGAAGCAACAGGAAGAGAAACUUCGUCUGAUGCAAAAGCUUGGUGGAAAAGAAGGCAGUGACGGCAGCGCCUCUCCGGCUGACGAAGCGGCUGUGUCACAGGAGAAUGCCAGUGACCAGACCCAACAGCUUCGUGCGCAGCUGGCCGCUCUUGAAGCUGAAGCGAAGAGUCUUGGUAUUGACCCCAACGGUGGUGCAAGCGCACCGUACUCCUACCGCGGCCGCGGGAGAGGAUUCGGUGCCCGUGGUGGAUUCCCGCCCCGAGGCCGUGGUUACGACCCGUCCUUCCGUGGUGGAUAUCGUGGUCGCGGUGGCGCUGCUCGCGGCAGAGGUGGUGUUCUACGUCUCGACAACCGACCCCGUAGGGUGGCUGUCUCUGGUGUAGAGGUCAACUCCGAAAAGGACGAGGCCUUGAGACAAUUCCUCAUUGGCGUCGGCGAAUACGAAUCCAUCGAGCCCAACCCAGACCAACCCGACUCAGUCAUCGUGGCCUUCAAGGAACGCUACCUGGCCGAAAAGUUCAUGUUUGGACCCCGAGACAUCCCCUCGGUAGGCCAAGUCCAGCUCACCUGGGUCCCCAACCCCCCGAUCACCCUUCCAGCUAGCGGCGCAAACUCCGGCCCUGGCUCGGAUACCAACAAGACAGGGUCAGACGAGGACACGGUGAUGGACAACGCGACGGGGCCAUCCAUGGUGCCGGAGCAGACCGGAGCACGGAAGGACGGUCCGCAUGAUGUGGACUACGAUGUUGCGGAGGUGGAUGACAGUUGGGGAGUGGAGUAG